AUGUUAAAAAAGAAACCCAAAAGAUGUAGCUAUCUUAAAAUGACAGUCGUUUGCGAGACUGGCCAGGCCAUCCCAUGGGCCAUAGGCUCAAGUUGUGCUUGGCAGAAUUUAGUGAUUGGUUUUUUUUGUAUAAACAAUCAUUAG